AUGUCUCGGCUGGCUCACCUAAGUGCACGCCACGACCCUUGCCGUUCGGCGUCUCCCGUCAGUAUUGCCGCCUCGGAUACCACAUAUCACAGCUUCCAAGACAUUGAGCUCUACGCCCCCAAAUCUCCACCUGCGUCUACGGACCUGCGGGUGAUCAAGCCCAUGCCCACACGGGGUCCGGAACGAUAUACAGAUCCCGUGCCCAUGCGUCGGCAGGACUCAGGCUACGCAUCAAUCCCGUCAGGGUCAAAGUCGGGCAGUUCUCAUGGCUCGUCACGCCGUCGAAGAUCGACAGCGUCCAGCCACUCCUCUCACACCAAGGUCCAAACCCGGCCAGCAAUUCAUCGUGCCUCAAAGUCAACGCCCAGCCCGCACAAUGCCCCGGCUCUGGGGCACACCAUACAUCGUACCCGAUCACAACAGCACCAGCGACACUCGUACUACCACUUCCCGAGUCUCGAGGGCAUUCCCGGAUCACAGCCAGAACCAGAGCCUAUGGAGGAUGUGCCCAUGUACACCCCACCACCCCAGACGACCCACUAUUGGACCAGUGACCAUACUCGUCGCCUGGAGUAUGCCGCUAUCGACGCAGCUAGCCGGGGGGUAAAGGGAUGGGUUCUCCGGCAUAUGGUCCCCGACUGCUUCGUGCCAAAGUCGAAUCGGCGGCUGACUUUUGAUGACGACACUGGCAGCGUGCGACGCUAUCGCCUUGAGCUGGAAUGUGAUGAGCAAGCAGAGAAGCAAGACAAACCACGCAAGAGGAGAUUCGGCUGGCUGUUUGGUCGGUGA